AUGUUUGGGGGAACGUCUACUGGCGUGUUUGGUGCAACCCAAACGUCUUCGUUCUCUACAACAAAUGCUUUUGGUAGCUCAACACCUGCUUUUGGAGCGUCUACUACCCCAGCUUUUGGUGCUUCGUCGUCAUCGGCAUUUGGGGGUUCUUCUGUUUUUAGUCAGAAGCCCUUUGGAGGCUUUGGGUCUACCACUCAAACAAGUCCUUUUGGCAGCACAAAUCAGCAGUCUCAGCCAGCGUUUGGGACUACUAGUUUAUUUGGUUCAACACCUUUUGGUGCACCAACUCAGUCUGCAUUUGGUGCUGCUAGUACUCCAGCCUUUGGUGCAACGACUGCCCCAGCCUUUGGUACAACGACUGCCUCAGCCUUUGGUACAACGACCACACCACCCUUUGGUGCCACAAGCACCGCUCAAGCCUUUGGCACCCCAAGCAGCACUCCAGCCUUUGGCACCCCAAGCACCACUCCAGCCUUUGGCUCAACAGCAACUCCAGGUUUUGGCAGCACAGGAGCUGCAUUCACCAGUUCCCCAUUGUUUGGAAGUAGUGGAGCUUUUGGAACUUCCACUACUUCAGUUUUUGGAUCUUCAGCUACUCCAUCUGCUUUUGGGAACUCGACUGGUUCUGCUUUUGGGACUCCGACUACUUCUGCCUUUGGGGCUACAACUUCUCCAUCCUUUACGUUUUCAUCCAGUCCAGGUUUUGGCCAAUCAACUGCUGCUUUUGGGAGCAGCCCAUUUGGAAGCACUACAUCUACUUUUCCAGCCCAGCCUUCGCCCUUUGGAGCCCAGCCUACAACAUCAGCAUUUGCAAACACUGGCUUUACCCAGCCAGGGUUUGUGGGGCAACGUCCGGGAACUAGAGCAGCACCAUAUGCAGAAACAGCUGAGGCAGAAGGUGGUGCACAGGCUGGAAAAUUAGAGUCAAUAUCAGCCAUGCCUGCCUACAAAGAUAAAAGCCACGAGGAACUAAGGUGGGAGGACUAUCAAGUGGGAGACAAAGGUGGACCGCUUCCUCCUGGUCAAGCUCCUGGCGGGACUGGAUUUAGUGCAUCUACCCCACAGCCGAAUCCUUUUGCUCCUUCGACUGGACUUGGUCAAUCAUCUACAAAUAUAUUUUCUUCAACAACUACAAACAUGUUUACUCCAAAAACACAAACAUCUACACCUUCAUUCACCACCACCCCUCCUUUUGGCUCUUCGGCGCCAUCCAACCUCUUUCAGCCAUCAGCAACACCUGCAUUUUCAGUCGCUUCAUCUCCAUCUCUUUUUGGAACAAGUACACCUAAUUUUAGUACAUCAUCAUCCUUGUUUAGCUCUACCGCAGGCCAAGGAACUGUUUCACCAUUUAAUUCUAAUAUGUUUAAUAACAAUCAACCAUCUCUCUCAUUCCAAUCUACCACACCUUCAAUGGGGCAGACGACUGCAUUUCCACAGUCCAGUCCAUUUGGACCAAGUACCACCAGCUCCUUGUUCAGUAGCCCUGCCACCGGCGGCCUUUUCUCAAGCACUCAGUCUCAGAUAACUCCAAACCUUGGGGGGUUUAAUCAAAUGACUCCAUCUCAACCAGCACCGUUUCAAACAUCUCAACCAGCUCAGAGUGCAGGUACUUUUGGCUUGAACUUUAGUCAGACACAAGCAGCUGGUACAAGUGGCUUUGCUGGCGUAUCAGGCAAUUUGGGACAAUCGUAUACCGCACAAAAUGCUCUUUCUGUGCAACCAGUGCCAGUUACAAAUCCAUUUGGAACACUUCCUGCAAUGCCUCAAGUGUCUAUUGGUCGAGCUGGAACUACACCUUCAGUUCAAUAUGGGAUUUCUACUAUGCCUGUCGUUGAGAAACCCUCUCCUGUUAGAAUAUCAUCCGUAUUGACUUCUAGGCACUUGUCACAGAGGAGAAUCAGGUUGCCUGUGAGGAAAUAUUAUCCUAAGCAUGAUGGUCCAAAGGUUCCAUUUUUCAGUGAUGAAGAAGAAACACCCAGUACACCGAAGGCAGAUGCUCUAUUCAUUCCAAGGGAAAACCCAAGAGCUCUGGUCAUUCGUCCGAUGGACCAGUGGUCUUCAAGGGCAAGUGCAGAGAAAGCAUCUCCAUUGAAUGCAUCUGCACCUGUACAUGAGAAUGAAAAUUCAGCUGAAGUUGGUGUAAUCAAGGAGCAAGCUCCACAUGUUAAAGUCAACCAGAAACCUAAUGGAGUCCAUGAGGAUCAUGUGACUCAGAAAGAGGAUUCCUACAUGACAUUUAGUGGUCACAGAGCUGGUGAGGCUGCAAUUGUGUAUGAGCAUGGAGCCGAUAUUGAGGCGCUAAUGCCUAAACUACGACGUUCUGACUAUUUCACUGAGCCUCGUAUCCAAGAACUGGCUGCUAAAGAGAGGGCCAAGCCAGGGUUCUGCCGACAUGUUAGGGAUUUUGUGGUUGGAAGGCAUGGCUAUGGAAGCAUCAAGUUCUUGGGUGAAACAGAUGUUCGAAGGCUUGAUCUUGAGUCCCUUGUUCAGUUUAAUAACCGGGAAGUUAUUGUGUACAUGGAUGAUAGCAAGAAACCACCUGUUGGACAGGGUCUCAACAAGCCUGCUGAGGUAACUCUUCUCAACAUAAAAUGCUUUGACAAGAAGACUGGACGUCAGUUCACAGAAGGACAAAAAAUCGAGAAGUACAAGGAGAUGCUCAAAAGGAAGGCUGAAGACCAAGGCGCCGAAUUUGUUUCUUAUGACCCUGUUAAAGGAGAGUGGAAGUUCAAGGUCAACCAUUUCAGCAAGUACAUGCUGCUUGAGGAUGAAGAAGACGAUUGGGAUGUGCAAGCUACUGAAGAUUGUUGA